AUGCUGUUUCCAGCCUCCUCGAACCAGUCCGGGGAUACCGGCCGCAGGCGGAGAUCAAAUAUUACCCCAAAGCCCUUCCUUACGCUCUCCUUUCUCGCAUACGGAGAGGUUCUCCCUUGGCUUCUGGUUGAGUGGCUCUCGGCUUUGACCACAUCGCGCCUCUCAGUGCAAGACGACAGCCUACAGUAUAGUCAGCGUUCAAGCCCGCAGAGCCAAGGAGGCAAGAUCAUGGAAGUGGGAGAACCGAUACCCGAUGCGAGGCAUAAUGUCGACACUGUGCUCCCCCCCGCCCAUAUCGAUUUGGAGCCGGACGAGGACAUUGCAGAUGCCGAUAUGCAGAGUAUCCUAGGAAGUGAUGUCGACUCGGCAUUGGGCGAGUCUGAAGCAUGGCCGUCGUCAACAGCAUCGUUGCGAUCGAGCAUUGUGCGCGCGCUAGAGGAGAACGGUCGUAUCUACCACGGAUAUAAGGAUGGGAAGAAGAACUUGAUAGACAAGGUAGGUCAAUACCAGCUAUGCCAGUUGACUUUCGAGAACAGGCUCAAUUUCGCCCCCGUUCAUCACCCGCACAGAGUUCUGGAUGUUGGAUGCGGCAUAGGCAUGUGGGCAAUAGACUUUGGCGAGGAGCAUCCCGAGUCCGAGGUGAUUGGAGUAGACCUCUCGCCGGUUCAGCCAGGCUUUACGCCCCCCAAUGUCCACUACGAAAUAGACGAUCUCGAAGAGGAGUGGAGCUUUUCGAGAAAGUUUGACUACGUUCAUAGUAUGAUGAUGACGGGUGCCUUCAGGGACUGGCCAAAUUUCCACCGACAAGCCUUCGAGAAUCUGAAUCCAGGGGGCUGGCUCGAGAUCCAGGACAUCGAUUUUCCGAUGAGGUGUGAUGAUGGAACGAUACCGCCAGAAUGUGACCUGGGGAGGUGGAACGAUCUGAUGAUGGAGGCCGGCAGAAGGUCCGGGUUCCUCCUCGACACUUGCGGUCGGGCCGCAGACAUGAUGGCCAGAGUCGGAUUUGUCGACAUCGUGAGGAUCCCGUUCAAAUGGCCCAUCAACCAAUGGCCGCGAGACGUCAGGCACAAAACGCUCGGGCUUUGGACGGAGGCGAACUUCAGCGUGGGUCUCGAAUCCAUGACGCUGGCCCUCUUCACCCGGUUCAUGGGUUGGAGGAAGGAAGAGGUUUGGGAGUUCAGUGCUAGAGCCAGCGCCGAAUGGCGUGACGUGAGGAGACAUGGCUACUUUGACGUGUAUGUUACGUAUGGAAGGAAACCGUAA